AUGUCUGAUUUAUCUUCGCAGUUGUCUGCUUUUAAAAAUAGAAUCAGAAGUGGACCUUCGGUGGCCGUCAGACGUGCUGUGACACCCAAACCUGUGGUGCAGACCCCAGAACAGGUGAAAAGGGUCAACGAUCCCAUAGACUCAGUAGCCCAAGCUAUUAAGCGCCAAAAGCAGUCUGACAACAGUAUUCUGGGCUCACAUUUGUCUACAAGGUUGCAUUUGGCUGUGGAGUACAUCAAACAGCAAGAUGCUCCUGUGUCUGUGUCCAAAUUGCUGGGAUAUCUCUCAUUUGACAUCAAGGAUACCUUGCUUCCGCUCCUUAAGGAGAUCGACCGAAUCAAGUAUGAUCCUGUGGCGGGUACUUUGGAGUACAUGUCGCUUCACAACAUUAGUAGCGCUGACGACUUGUUGAAUUUCCUCCGUUCUCAGGCAACAUUCAAAGGCACACCAGUCAAGGAGCUUCGAGAUGGUUGGGCGGGAUGUUUGGAGGCAAUUACCAUGUUAGAAGAGGAGAACAAGAUUUUGGUUUUGCGCAACAAGAAGGAAAACGCCCCGCGGCUUGUGUGGGCCAAUCUUGGCGGAGACAUUGGCACAGUCGAUGACGAGUUUGUGGAGAUGUGGAACAAGAUUAGGGUGCCGGACAGAGACAAUCUCUACCAGGCACUUAUUGAUAACUCUUUGAAGCCUACUGGUGCUGAUCCUCACGAGCUCAAGAAGAAGCCACAGCAGCAGGAGAAGAAGCAGAAGAAGGCUAGAAGAGGAAAGAUCACCAACACUCACAUGAAGGGUAUUUUGAAGGACUACUCGCAGUUGGUGUGA